AAGGACAAGACCCUCGACAGCGGUCUACCUGUUGCCCAGGGGGCCCAGGCAGUUGCGAGAGGAGCCCGCGGGGCGGUCCCAGGGGCGCCGCAGCCCGGCCUGACCCGGAAGGGCUGACGCGUGGUAACCCCGGCUUCCCUAGCAACCGAGCGGGCGCCGGGCCUCGCCCGCCGCGCCGUGCGCUCCCGCCGACUCCCGGGAUGCCCCUGCAGGUUAGCGACUACAGCUGGCAGCAGACGAAGGUUGCGGUCUUUAUCUCCGUGCCUCUCCGAGGCGUCUGCGUCAGAGACGCGGACGUGUUCUGCACGGAAAACUAUCUGAAGGUCAACUGUCCUCCAUUUUUAUUUGAAGUGUUUCUCUAUGCUCCCAUAGACGAUGAGAGCAGCAAAGCCAAGAUUGGGAAUGACGCUAUUGUUUUCACUUUAUAUAAAAAAGAAGCGGCCAUGUGGGAGACCCUUUCUAUGUCAGGUGUUGACAAAGAGACGAUGCAAAGAAUAAGGGAGAAAUCUAUUUUACAAGCACAAGAAAGAGCAAAAGAAGCUACAGAAGCAAAAGCUGCAGCAAGACGGGAGGAUCAAAAAUAUGCACUGAAUGUCAUGAUGAAGAUUGAAGAAGAAGAGAGGAAAAAAAUAGAAGAUAUGAAAGAAAAUGAACGGAUAAAAGCAACUAAAGAAUUGGAAGCCUGGAAAGAACAUCAGAGAAAAGCUGAAGAACAAAAAAGAAUUCAGAGAGAAGAGAAAUUACAUCAGCAAGAAAAACAAAUUGAAGAAGAGAGAAAAAAAUUAAAACAUAAAAGUCUUACUAGAAAUUCAGCUCCUAGAAAUCUUGCUACAAAAGGGAGAAGUUCGGAAAAUAUAUUUUUUGACAAGUUAAAGGAAGACAGUAUUCCUGCUCCUCGCUCUGUUGGCAGUAUUAAAGUCAACUUCACCCCUCGAGUAUUCCCAACUGCUCUCCGGGAAUCACAAGUAGCAGAAGAAGAAGAGUGGCUACGAAAACAGGCAGAGGCACGAAGAGCAAUGAAUACCGAUAUCCCUGAACUUUCUGAUUUAAAAGAAGAAGAAAAGAACCCAGAAUGGUUGAAGGACAAAGGAAACAAAUUAUUUGCAACAGAAAACUAUUUGGCAGCUAUUAAUGCAUACAACUUAGCCAUCAGACUAAAUAAUAAGAUUCCAGUAUUGUAUUUGAAUCGGGCUGCUUGCCACCUAAAACUAAAAAACUUGCACAAAGCCAUCGAAGAUUCUUCUAAGGCACUAGAAUUAUUAACACCACCUGUUGCAGACAAUGCUAAUGCAAGAAUGAAGGCACAUGUACGACGUGGAACAGCAUUCUGUCAACUAGAAUUGUAUAUAGAAGGCCUACAGGAUUAUGAAGCUGCACUUAAGAUUGAUCCAUCCAACAAAAUUGUACAAAAUGAUGCUGAGAAGAUUCGGAAUAUAAUUCAAGGAACAGAAUUAAAAUCCUAAUGACUACUAGAAGCAACUAGGCUCUUCUACUUACCAUCCCAAUCAGAAAACAAGACUGGGCCCAACAGCUGCCCUAAGGGCAAAAGAUAUAUCCUGGAAGGAGGUAGAAGAAGAGAAAGGCUUAAGUCGUUAUUAUUAAUGUUUUUGACCCUAUCCUCUAAAUAAAGUCUUGGUUUAAAUGCAACAGACACUCAUUUAUAUCCAUGAAAUACUUGACCUCUUUUGAGCAAUCGCCUAUGGUUUGCUAGGAACUUCUGUCUUAGAUUGAAGUGGUGAUAGAGUGAAAAUAUUGAUACAGACAUUCCCAUUUCCUUCCCCUAUAAUAGUGUUGUCAUUAAAGCGUAUGAAUAAAA